AUGUUACAAGAUAAAGAUUACCAAAAGAUCUUCUGUAAUUCACAAGUCAGUAUGAAACUCAGUCAACUUCCUCUUGUGCUCUUGCUGAUUUCAAACAUCCACUCUGAACAUGUUGAAGACUAUCCUAAAGCCAGUGUGAGGAUUACUCCUGAUCUGCAUGUGUUCAGAGGAGAGUCAGUCACUCUCAGAUGUGACAUUAAUGCUGAAGGAGUCUCUAGCUGGCUGUACAGCUGGUAUAAAGAAGGUUCAGAAGGUGCAUUCAGUGGUUUACAGGAAUAUAUAUUCAAUGUUACUGAGUCUUAUGCAGGUAAAUACUCCUGUUCUGGCACUGAGAGUAAAGGUUCACGCAGAUCACAAAUGAGUGAUGCAGUUGCACUGACAGUAUCAGACAGAGCCCAGACAGCUUUAAGUGUUUCUCCACAGAACUGGUUGACUGAAGGAGAUUCAGUGACUCUGACUUGUGAGGUUAACGGCUCCUCUACAGGCUGGACAUUCAACUGGUACAUGCUAAUGCUUUCUGACAAUAGUUAUCAUCAUAAACUUCUCUCAGACAGCAGUAGAGGAGCUGGAGGAAAAUACACUGUCAGUUCUGUUGCUCUAAAACAAACAGGAGUUUAUUUGUGUGAAAUAGAGAGAGGAAAACCAGCCUAUACAACUUUCAGCAACACACUGCCACUGUGGGUCACUGCAAGUGUUUCUCCUCCGGUCUCUCUGGUCAUCAGUCCCAGCAGAGCUCAACACUUCACAUCUGACUCUCUUUCUCUGAGCUGUGAAGACAAGAGUAACUCUGCUGGAUGGAGAGUCAGAAGAUACACAGAGAGCUGGUGGAUGAGCAAUUGUUCAUCACAAACAGGAUCAACAUGUACAGUCAGCCUCACCACAUCAGACACUGGAGUUUACUGGUGUCAGUCUGAAUCUGGAGAGAAAUAUAAUCCUGUUAAUAUCACUGUACAAUCUGGUGUGAUUCUGGAGAGUCCUGUUCAUCCUGUGACUGAAGGAGAUCCUCUGACUCUACACUGCUUAUAUAAAUCUACAACUCGAGCAAAGCUCAGAGCUGAUUUCUAUAAAGAUGGAUCACUCGUCCAGAAUCAAACCUCAGAGAUGAUCAUCACUGCUGUCUCAAAGUCACAUGAGGGUUUCUACUACUGCAAACACCCAGAAGGAGAGUCACAAAAGAGCUGGAUCUCAGUCAGAGCCUCAAGAUCUGAUGGUGUUGAUCCUGUGAUUAUUGGAGUGAUUGCAGGACUGGCUGUCAUUGUUUUAAUCUUCAUCUUCUUGGUUCUGCUGUGCUGCUACAGAAACAAAAAAGGUGUAAGAUCUCCGUCUCCCUCUAGAGUCAGUCAGACGUCACAGCAGAAGCAGAAUGAAGCGGGACACCAGACACUGCUCUCUGAAACUGCACAUACAGAUACAACACAUGAAGACAUAUGCAAAACAGACAGUGAAAGUGGAGCUGAACUCACCUAUGCUGAGGUUGAGCUCAAAUCUACAAAGAAAAUGAAGGGAAACACAGAUAAAGGGAACAACACUGAAAAUUCUGGCUGUGUUUACUCUAAACUGAAGCUGAAAACACAUCAGAGUGCUGGAUCUAGUGAUGGGACGUAUGCUCAGGUUAAAUAAAUAUCAGUCCCAGGAGGCCGAUGAGUUUAGCUUGAAGACUGGUAGAGAAUCCCCAGGGUCAUCAGUGGUUUAUUAUUAGUUUUUACUUCUCACAGCGCUUGAGGGAGUUAGCAAAAGUAAAGUUAUAUUAUUUAAACAUUAGACAUUUUGCAGUUGCUAUAUAAUCGAACAGGAUCAUUACAGCACACCUAGAUUUUUAAUCUUUGAUGCAUUGAACUGUAUGCUUUUAUUACUGUAUACUGUAAACUUUUGCACUUUUAUUGUGUCAUUUGUGAAUGCACCUUUCCUACAGUUAUUUUGUGUCAUUCUAUUAACAUUUAUAAACCUCUCACACAACUAAAAUCUGACCUAUUAUAGGCUUUGUUACCUGCUGUUGAGGCUGAUGAUAGCAGAACUUCACUGAAUUAACAUUGAAUCAACGGUUAAAAGGUUAAAAUAAAUAUUCAUCAGCUUUGCUCUCUCAAAUAAUGUUUUAUCAAUGAUAGAAACAGAUUGAAGAACACAGACACAAUGAUGAAAUUAAUGAGAUAAUUAAGUGAUUAACUGAGGGUGCUUUCACACCUACACUUUUG